CGGAGAGGUGCGCCCAUGUGACAGGCUGCGCUGCUGCCGUCGUCUGCCUGCUCGUGCAAGCGUCUCUGCCCGCCAAACAGUGCGUGUGGGUGCUGCUGGCAGGGCCUGAUGCGUCGUGAGGUGGGGAGCAGCUGCCAUGCUCAUUAAGGAGUACCGCAUCCCGCUGCCCCUCACCGUCGAGGAGUACCGCAUCGCACAGCUCUUCAUGAUAGCGAAAAAAAGUCGUGAAGAGAGCAAAGGAGCUGGCAGCGGUGUGGAAAUUCUAGUCAAUGAACCGUACGAUGAUGGACCCGGUGGGAAAGGACAGUACACGCACAAGCUCUACCACGUCGGCAGCCACCUUCCAGGCUGGUUCAAAAGUUUACUGCCAAAGUCUGCACUCACGGUGGAAGAAGAAGCAUGGAAUGCUUAUCCUUAUACUAAAACCCGAUAUACAUGUCCCUUUGUUGAAAAGUUUUUUCUGGAAAUAGAAACCUACUAUUUUCCUGAUAAUGGCCACCAGGAAAAUGUGUUCAAAUUAUCAGGAAGCGACCUGCGGAACAGGAUCGUUGACUUGAUUGAUGUUGUCAAGGAUCAACUAUAUGGAGCCGACUAUGUCCGGGAUGAGGACCCAAAAAUGUAUGUUUCUCAAAAAACUGGCAGGGGUCCUCUCACAGAGACAUGGCUCGAAGAUUACUGGAAUGAGUGUCGGGGAAAGCAAAUGCCUUUACCAAAUGGAAAGUCCCUCAUGUGUGCCUAUAAACUCUGUAGGGUUGAAUUCCGCUACUGGGGUAUGCAGACAAAGCUGGAAAAGUUUAUACAUGAUGUUGCACUGCGGAAGACCAUGUUGCGAGCUCAUAGACAGGCAUGGGCUUGGCAGGAUGAAUGGCACGGCCUGACCAUGGAUGACAUCCGGCAAAUUGAGCGACAGACUCAGGAAGCCCUCAAGAGGAAAAUGGGUGCAGCAGAAAAUGAAUCUCAAGACUCAGGGGAUGAAGGUGAUGGACAGUAUGCAAAUUCGAACGGUGGUGGAAGUGGUGUGUCUACGCCUCAGGAUUCGUCUGUAGCUAAGACAAUCCAAGCAACACUAGGAAGUAUCGAAAAACCUGAGCAAGAUAUGCCUAGCCCUCCAGUUGUCAAGAAAUCUGAAGCAAUGCCAUCCCUGAGUUCCAAAGGUUCAGAUGGGGAACCAAGCUCUGACAGUUCACCCACUGACUUAAAUUUAAGGAUUGAAGAUUCUUCACCAAGGGAUGCUGAGGGAAGACAUACACUCUGGUCUCGUAGCAACUCAAAAGCUGCGUUGCACUCUCCAGGUUCUGCCUCCAGCAAAAGCUUCAACUUGCAGGUGGCUAAUUGGCGUAUGGAGAGCAUUGUCCGGGACUCUGACUCCGGCAGUGAGGAGGAAUUUUUUGACUGCCAAGAAGAUCUUGGAGAUUCUGGCUCUUUGGCAAAAUGGAGUUCAUUAGACUUACUUACAGAGGAAGAUAUAGAGGGUGUACCAGCAUCUGAUGCAGAUAAACAAGAUAGUAUAUUUUCUCAAUCCUACUUGCAACGUGUGGCCAGUGAACGGAGUCGUACACUGCAGGGUGCUGGUAGUAUAGAUGCAUCUUGUCCGGGCUCGCCCAUCACAUCCCCUGCCCACCAGACAUGCCGCACAAGUGUACUUAUACUUGUGCUGCAUGCAGGAAGCAUACUGGAUGCAAAUGUAGAUUUAGCAGCUAAAAAGUCUGACAUUACAACAUUCCGUGGUGCAUUUGAAUCAGUAAUGCGCCAGCACUACCCUUCUCUGAUAGGGCGUGUUGCUAUAAAACUGGUUUCUUGCCCUUCUGUAUGUACUGAGGCCUUAGGAGUGCUAUCCAGUUUAAGUCCUUACAGUUUUGAUGUGUCACCAUCAUGUACAGACACUCCUCAGGUUACACAUGAUUCAAUACCAGUUGGUGCUAUUCCAUUGUUUGCCACGUCUGCACCAGAGUAUCAGGAAUCUGUGUCACGUGUCAUCAACGCUGCAAAUGGUGUCUACCAAGAAUUUCUAAAAUCUGAAGAAGGACAAGGAUUUUCUGGGCAAGUUUGUUUUAUUGGUGAUGGUGUGGGGUCAAUUCUUGGUUUUGAUGCUUUGUGUCGUUUUAUACAUUAUCAAUCUCGGCAUGAUAGUGAGAACAGUAUAUUAGAUUCAGAGUAUCCACAGCAAGUGGAAGAUGCCAUUGACAGUGCAAAAUCCAACAACCGACAAGGAGGAGCAGAUGGUGACAAUAGUACAAAUGUGGAUGUUUCCUACUCAAAUAAGCUGCUGUCUGCUCCUGCACCUCGAAGACGAUCUUCUUCAGCAAGUGAGCAUUCUCAUCACUGCAAACUAGACUUUGAAGUCAGUGAUUUUUUCAUGUUUGGAAGUCCCCUGGCACUGGUUCUUGCAUACAGAAAAAUUUCUUCAUCUGAUGAUAAAAACAGCCCUAUACCAAAGCCCAUGGUGCAGCAGAUUUACAAUCUCUUUCAUCCCACUGAUCCAGUAGCAGCAAGGCUGGAACCUUUACUGUCAGCAAGGUUCUCUAUGCUGCCACCUGUAAACGUUGCCAGGUACCAGAAAUAUCCAUUGGGAAAUGGGCAGCCAUAUCAUCUCUUGGAAGUAAUUCAGGCUAACCCACAAAUGUUCGCUGAGAGCUUGAAUCUGACAUCACCCAUUCAAGGAAGUCAUCUACGAAGAAUGUCAGAAGUUAGCAUCCAAAGUACUGUAUCAGGAGUAAUUGACUCAUUACCACUACAAACUAUUAAUGCCUUAACACAGAAAUGGUGGGGUACAAAGCGACUAGACUAUGCAUUGUAUUGUCCAGAGGGACUUGCAAAUUUCCCAACAAAUGCUUUGCCACAUCUUUUCCAUGCAAGUUAUUGGGAAUCAUCUGAUGUAAUUGCUUUCAUUUUGCGCCAACUGGCAAGAAUUGAUGGGGCACCUGCAGCAGGAUUUGAGGAAAAGGAUACAGCUGCUUUCAAUCCAGGGCAUCCACGGGAAAAAUGGAUCAAGAAGAGAACUUCAGUUAAACUGAAGAAUGUUGCUGCAAAUCAUCGAGCAAAUGAUGUAAUAGUAAAAGAGGGUGCACCUCAAAUUUUGACAGCCCGCUUCAUGUAUGGACCAUUGGACAUGAUCACCUUAGCAGGUGAAAAGGUGGACAUUCAUAUAAUGAAAGAUGUGCGUGCUGGAGAGUGGACAUUGAUAGCUACAGAAGUUACUGACAAGACUGGACGGGUGACAUACACCAUUCCUGAUGACAAAGCCCUUGGCUAUGGAAUGUACCCAGUAAAAAUGGUUGUUAGAGGUGAUCACACAUCAGUGGACUUCUACAUGGCUGUUGUUCCACCUAAAACAGAGUUCGUUGUCUUCAGUAUAGAUGGUUCCUUCACUGCAAGUAUGUCUGUGACUGGUCGUGAUCCAAAAGUCAGAGCAGGUGCCGUAGAUGUUGUGAGGCACUGGCAAGAACUGGGUUAUUUGAUAGUGUACAUAACAGGCAGACCAGACAUGCAGCAGCAGAAAGUGGUCUCAUGGCUGUCACAACACAAUUUUCCCCAUGGUCUCCUUUCGUUUGCUGAUGGCUUUUCUACAGAUCCACUGGGUCACAAGACAAUGUAUCUGAGAAACUUAAUUCAGGAACAUGGGGUUGCGAUUCAUGUAGCAUAUGGUAGUAGCAAAGACAUCAGUGUGUACACUUCAAUUGGUUUGAAACCAAAACAAAUAUUCAUUGUUGGAAAAGUUUCAAAAAAGCAUCAUACACUGGCAACAAUUUUGCAAGAUGGAUAUGCAGCACAUUUGACAACUUUAAUGGCUCCUGGUGGAUCUCGGCCUGCCCAAGGAAAUGCCAGAAUGGUCAUACCAAGAGGAUACUUUGGACUGCCAGGACAAAAUGCCUCAAUUAGAAGGCGCAGCAAUGAAACCACAGUCCCUUCACCUCCUCGUGGCAGCCUGUACAUUAAGAGAAAAGUGUACAUUAGUCAUGUGUAGCACAACUGUACAAAUCCAGCACCCAUCGAUUUGUAGUAGCAGUUGUUACGGAAUCUUCUAGUCCCCUCAUGACGUCGAUCUGCAAAGCGUGCAACGUCAUAUCCACUAAUGGGCGGUGCUGAAUCUCUGGACCGAAGUGCUAGCACUAAGACACGUUGGACUUCACGCUUCUGUGCAACUUCUUCAACUAAGCUUUGAU